AUGGAGAACAAGGGAAAUGCAGUAGGUUUGGCAGUUGUUCCAGUUAUUGUUGUAACAGCCAUAUGGGUAAUUGUAGGUGCAAUUGUUCCUCUUUUUAUCAAAGGACCGAAUAAGAGGUAAAUGAUAUUUGAUACUUCUCAAAUUUUAAUGCCACUGAACUCUCAGAAAAUACCUUUUAAGUCUGGCGAAAUCCAAUGUGAAUGUAAUGUUUCCGACGUCCUUUACCUGGUUUAAAUCUCUGUGAACCCUUUUCAACUCCUAAGAUCUGAUGAUUUAUUUUUACUACUAGUUGCCACGCAUUUUCUUGUUCCGUAGUUAAAAGAAUUAGGUGUUACGCGAUAUCAAGUUUGAUUCUUUCUCAUGGCUAUUUUUAACCGGAUAAUGUUUUGAGAUUACGAAGAGAAGUUCAGUACAAUUAAAUCAUUUCUGUGGUUAGGUGGUUAACUCCUCUCGGGAAAACAUCAUCAUAAGCGUAUUAAAGAAACUGAGCAGUUUCGGAGGGGUAUAGCCAAUCUUCUAUAAAAAUUGAGCCUUCGACUUAAACUGUAUUCAAAAGAAGAAAAUUAAGCUUAUAAGGAUGUUGAAGUGCAGCUCUUCAAGCCAGAAUCUUUGAAAACAUGGUUUUAGGUCGUGACAAAGUUAACUUUCCAUUAUCUGUGAUUUCAGAUUGAUACAGACGAUGCUUGUUAUGACUGCUGUCUGCUGUUGGUUAUUGUAUCCUUUUAGAGUUUUGAGCUUUAUAGCUAUUUGCUUAUUGAAAUUUUUUUUAAUCUAAUAUUGGUACAUUUGCAUUUUAACUGUUUAAGGAAACAAGGAAAUUCAUAUUAUUCAAGGUUCCUAUGUCCUUAACUCAUGAUUUAGCUGGAUUUGUGCUUAUUUCUGUCAACUUAAUCCUCUUAUCGGACCAGAAAUAGAAGCAGGGGCAUUAAGGGCAGCUGUCAAGGAAUGGGGAGGCAAAGAUGUUUAG